AUGGAGGAUUUUCUUGAUUCCAAUAAUUUUGAGAUUCGACCCACUGUGGAGGACUCUGUGCUCGCUCUUAUCAAGCUGUUUGAUGAUAGAGCAAACAAACCAGCUUUUGACGUUCUUCCGUUUUACAAGGAGUUCACGAUGGAUGUAAUUUAUCGUAUCGCGCUGGGACAAAAAGGAUCAAAAAUGUUUGCAGAUGAGAAAAUGACACGUGUAGAUAAAAUUUUUCAACGUAGCUUUCGUCAGCCUGCUUUUUAUCUAGCAUGUGCAAUACCCAGUCUUGGGAUACCCAUAAGGAAGCUUUUUCUGCUUACAUCAAAACUUCGACAAAGCUCAGCACCAGCUAUUUUUGAGCAGAUAUACAAGACCAUCGAUGAGAGGAUUGAACAGAGAGUAAGGCGAUACUUCAUUAUCUGA